AUGGACUUUGAUAGAGCUCUGGCCAAAUGCGGCAAUAAUCAUCGCUAUCAAUACUUGCUGCUCAGUCUUUACAGCCUAUUGAUCGGGAUAUCGCCAUAUCACCAUUUCUCCCAGAACAUAAUAAACUUUGUGCCAGAGCAUUAUUGCUACCACGAGCAGCUGGUGAAUCAAAGCUUUGCUCAGCUCAAGGCACUUUAUAGUCAAUUUGAGAAACCAUCGUGUACACGUCUAGACUCCAUUGACGCAGCUGGUAAUGUGACGCUUAGUGCGGAGCGCUGCGAUCGCUGGUUCUACAACUACGACAAUGGAUUCAGAAGCAUGAGCGCCGAACUUAACUGGGUCUGUGAAUCGAACUACAAAACUCCCAUGGGACAUUCAUUCAACUUUCUGGGCUCUGUGUUUGGCACAUUGAUAUUUGGUUGGCUGGGCGAUCGUAUUGGCCGCAUAUGGCCGCUAAUAGGUGCCAAUCUUUGCGCUUUCGUUGGCGACCUUGCAGCAGUUUUUACUACCAAUAUAACGUCGUUUUCCAUAACACGUUUUAUAGCAGGCCUAGCCAUGGAUGGUGAUACCUGCCUAAUGUAUAUACUGGAGUACGUCUCCUUGGACUUGCGUAUUACCAGUCUAAAUCUCAUCAGGAACACGUCCUAUGCUUUCGGCAUGAUAAUCACUUCUCUCACAGCUAUAUCCGUGGGAAACUGGAAAUUAUACUUGAUCUGUGCUUCCAUGCCGAAGCUAUUGAUCAUUUCAUACAAUUGGCUUAUACAAGAGAGCGCUCAGUGGCUUAUAACACGCAAUGACAUUGAAGGAGCCAUCAAGCGCCUAAGAAAAAUAGCAAAGUUUAACAAGCGUGCCGUCAAGGAAGAGCAUUUUGAGGAUUUUCGUAGUUAUUGUCAGACAAGAGCCGCUAAACACGCAGAGGAGCAUCAAAAUAAGUUCACCGAUAUUUUUAAAACGCCCCAUUUACGCAACACGGUCUUGCGUUUGCUGCUGAUAUUCACUAUAAUGCUGUUCUGUCGCCAUAUCCUAAGCCGUAGUGUGCAGGUGGUUGGGAUCUCCCCAUAUAUAUCCUUUGCGCUUAGCGCUUCCGUGUUGCCUGUGGCAGGACUUGUUCAGAUGAAGCUCCAGAAGAAUUUUGGACGUAAAACGACAUCGACCUCGGCUAUGCUGCUCACUGGACUAAUGGUGGCAGCCAGUGGCAUUACAUUGAGUUUGUCAAAGGAGCCCAGCGUUUACCUAUUGGUAGCAUUGAUGAUGCUCUCGCGUUUCGGCAUUUCCGUCUGCUUUGGCGCUACUCUACUUUACACUUCAGAGCUGGUGCCCACCUGUGUGCGUUCGCGUAUCUUGGGCGCUGGCUAUAUAUCUGGCUCCAUAGUGUCAAUACUAGUCCCUUACAUUUUGCACUUGCGUACCUACAAUCCCGCCGCGCCUUCGAUUAUAUUGUGCCUGUUCUUUUUUAGCAGCGCCUACACAUGCCUCCAUCUGCCAGAGACGCAUAAUCGGAAGCUGCCCAAUACUUUGGCGGAGGGUGAGCAGUUUGGCAAGCAUGAACGUAUGUUUGACUUCCUGCGACGUGCCAAACCUGUGGACGAGGACGAGGAGAUCCCCAGCGCUGAGACACGUGAACACCUUAUGCCCGAGCAAAUAGUUAACAGUUAG